UUUCCUCGGCCGGGUUGGUUCAUGGUGCGACUGUGAGGGACAUUGGAUGACUUUGUGCCGUGUUUAGCCGGGGUAUUCGCCUUAGCUCAUUCAUUUUGACAGGGGAAGAGGUCGUCAACGCGAUGGAGGCUCUUAUUCCUGUCAUUAACAAACUCCAGGAUGUUUUUAACACAGUCGGGGCGGAUAUUAUCCAGCUGCCUCAGAUUGCAGUGGUGGGAACGCAGAGCAGUGGGAAGAGUUCAGUGCUGGAGAGUUUGGUUGGCAGGGACCUCCUGCCCCGCGGGACGGGCAUCGUCACCCGCAGACCUCUUAUCCUGCAGCUGGUGCACGUAGACCCCGAGGACAGAAGAAAGACCAGCGAGGAGAACGACCCCAAUGCCUGGAAAAAUGGGCUCUUUUACAAAGGAGUGGAUGGAGAAGAGUGGGGGAAAUUUCUACACACCAAAAACAAGAUCUACACAGAUUUUGAUGAAAUCAGGCAAGAAAUUGAAAAUGAAACUGAAAGAGUUUCUGGCAAUAAUAAGGGGAUCAGCGAUGAGCCAAUUCACCUGAAAAUCUUCUCACCACAUGUUGUCAAUCUCACACUGGUGGAUCUGCCUGGCAUCACAAAGGUCCCAGUGGGAGACCAGCCUAAAGAUAUCGAGCUGCAGAUCCGCGAACUGAUCUUAAAAUACAUCAGCAAUCCCAACUGCAUCAUUUUAGCUGUCACUGCAGCGAACACGGACAUGGCCACCUCUGAAGCUCUGAAAGUCGCCCGUGAGGUGGAUCCAGACGGUCAGAGUCAGCUGAACAUCAAUAAUAAGAAAAUUGUGGCAGACUCCAUCCGUGAUGAGCACGCCUUCCUGCAGAAGAAAUACCCCUCCCUCGCCAACAGAAACGGAACCAAGUAUCUCGCCAGAACAUUAAAUAGGUUAUUGAUGCAUCACAUUAGGGACUGUCUACCAGAGCUGAAGACACGUAUCAACGUUUUAGCAGCUCAGUAUCAGUCCCUGCUCAGCAGCUACGGUGAGCCGGUAGAGGACAUGAGCUCCACCCUGCUGCAACUCAUCACAAAGUUCGCUGCCGAGUACUGCAACACUAUUGAAGGAACGGCCAAAUACAUUGAGACCGCUGAACUGUGUGGUGGUGCAAGAAUUUGUUAUAUUUUCCAUGAGACAUUUGGUAGGACACUGGAGUCGGUCGAUCCUCUUGGAGGACUUACAACCAUAGAUGUCCUAACAGCUAUUAGGAACGCUACGGGUCCCCGUCCUGCUCUGUUUGUGCCUGAGGUGUCGUUUGAGCUGCUGGUGAAGAGGCAGGUCAAGCGUCUGGAGGAGCCCAGUCUGCGCUGUGUGGAGCUGGUGCAUGAAGAGAUGCAGAGGAUCAUUCAGCACUGUAGCAACUACAGCACUCAGGAGUUGCUUAGGUUUCCAAAGCUUCAUGAUGCCAUAGUAGAAGUGGUGACGUCUCUUCUCAGGAAGCGGCUCCCAGUCACCAAUGAGAUGGUUCACAAUCUUGUGGCGAUUGAGUUGGCUUAUAUCAACACCAAACACCCAGACUUCGCAGAUGCCUGUGGGCUCAUGAACAACAACAUUGAGGAGCAGAGACGUAACCGAAUGAGAGAGCUUCCCUCAGCGGUCCCCCGUGAUAAGUCCUUAAAAGGUCCUGGUGGGCAGUCAGUGUCGCCCACCGAGCAGCCGCCUGCUGAGGGCGAUGGCCCUAAGAUGGCUGGAGGAGCUCAGGGGGAGCAGGAAGGAGGAACAGGGACCUGGAGAGGCAUGUUGAAGAAAGGAGAAGAAUAUGAGGACAAGAUGAAACCACAGAGCUCCGUCCCUGUCAGCCCUCAGAAAGGACACGCAGUGAACCUACUUGAUGUGCCUGUGCCGGUUGCCCGGAAACUGUCUGCUCGUGAACAGAGGGAUUGUGAGGUCAUCGAGAGGCUCAUCAAGUCUUAUUUCCUCAUUGUCCGUAAAAACAUCCAGGACAGUGUACCAAAGGCUGUGAUGCACUUCCUGGUCAACCACGUGAAGGACAGCUUACAGAGCGAGCUGGUGGGGCAGCUCUAUAAACCCGCCCUGCUGGACGACCUCCUCACAGAGUCAGAGGACAUGGCCCAGCGCCGCAAUGAGGCCGCAGAUAUGCUGAAGGCCUUGCAGAAAGCCAGUCAGGUGAUCGCCGAGAUCCGAGAAACGCACCUGUGGUGAAGCCCUGCUGAUGUACAGCCCCUCUCCCUUUCACUCGAACCCUGCGAUCUGCAUCAGCCCUGUCUCUCUUCUGUCUGGGUUUCACAGACAGCCAACUUGAAAAAUGCACUGGUGUCAGUUAGUGUGUAUUGAAUAUAGUUUAUGUACGCAACGGACUCUUCUCAAACUACACUGAGGGCAGCACAUAUCAUGUCACACCUGCACACCGUCCCAUUCAGUGAUCUCUUUCAUGUAUGUUUGCUACCAUGUACGCUGCAGAUAACGUGUGGCCUGUUAAAGGACUGUGUGUCCCUGAUCUAGUCUAAAUUAAAGGUAGUGUAAAUGUCAUGAUGUUGUGGCUUCAUUUGCAACUUUUGGUGUGAUUUGAUAUUUGCAAAGGUGCACUCAGUAAUUUUUUAUGUUUGGUAUGGUGGCCAACUUUGCAUUAUACUGAUAAAGAUGCAGGAUCACCUAAAAGUUUUUCCCCCUUAAUUCUGAAAAUAAUAACAGUGACUACAAGGAUAAAGUGAGUAGCGUGACUGGUCAUGUGAUCUCAACUUGGCGGCCCCUAUAAGGGUGAAGUGCUCAAUGUAAAUAAAACAGCUUUUAUUAGACUGUUGAUAGGGAGUCUACAUGAUUUGAAACAUAUGCACUAUGCAUCUCUUUUGUGUAAAUGUGUAAAACUUUUUAUGGAGACCAAAAUUG